CAACUGGAAGAGGCUGGGCAGAGCUGAGCUGCACUUUAAAAACAAGUCACACAGCUCGCCCCUUCAGUUGACUCCAAUCAGUUCCACCAUGUUUGCUGCAGCCAUCCUGCUAUGCCUCUGUGUUCUCUUCAUCCUCCUUCAACUCACAACUCGGAGGCCCAAGAACUUUCCACCGGGACCCCCUUUACUGCCAAUAGUGGGGAGCAUUUUGCACCUGACCCUAGAAAACCCCUUGGCGGACCUUGAAAGGCUGAGGAAGACCUAUGGAAAUGUCUACAGUCUGUUCUUCGGGUCCAGACCGGCUGUGAUCCUCAAUGGAGUGAAGGCCAUGAAAGAGGCUUUAGUGACCAACGCCAAAGAUUUUUCUGGACGACCCCAAGACCUGUUUGUCAGUAAAGUCUCCAAGAAUGGAGCCCCAGAUGGAAGGACCAUCGUCGCUUUGCCCUGAUGACCUUAAGGAACUUUGGUAUGGGGAAGAAUUCCAUGGAGGACAGGAUUCAUCGAGAGCUAAAAUACACCAUUGAUACACUGGAAAAAAGCAUUGGCAAAAGCAUGAGUCCUCAAGUUAUGUUCCAUAAUGCGUCCUCCAACAUCAUCUGCCAGGUCUUGUUUGAUAGACGCUACGAGUACGAUGACGAUUUCAUCAAAGUGGUUAUUCAGUGCUUCACUGAGAAUGCCAAGUUAGUCAAUGGACCCUGGGUUAUGCUGUAUGACUCCUUUCCCUUGGUUCGUAACCUGCCGCUGCCCUUCAACAAGGCCAUUAAGAAUUAUGAGACUUGUCAGAAUCUUAUGCAUGGCUUGGUGGCCGAGCAUAAGAAGACCAAAGUCACUGGAGAGCCUCGAGACUUUGUUGACUGCUAUCUGGAUGAAAUAGAAAAGAGAUCCAAUGAUGGUUCUUCAUUCUCAGAAGAUCAGCUGAUUAGGUACAUUCUAGAUCUUCACUUUGCUGGGACUGACACGACCUCCAACACCCUGCUUACUGCUUUCCUCUACCUGACAACCAAGCCACACAUACAAGAGCGCUGUCAAGAGGAGAUAGACAGGGUGUUAGAAGGGAAGGAUCGGGCCAGUUUUGAAGACAGACAUCAGAUGCAUUACAUGCAGGCAGUGAUCCAUGAAGUUCAGAGGGUAGCCAACAUCGUUCCACUCAACGUCUUCCACGCUACGGUUGUAGACACAGAGCUGAUGGGAUAUUCCAUUCCCAAAGGUACGCUGAUCAUCCCUAACUUGACCUCUUUACUGAGUGAGGAGGGACAAUGGAAAUACCCUCAUGAAUUCAACCCUGAAAACUUCCUCAAUGACCAGGGAGAGUUUGUUAAACCAGAGGCCUUCAUGCCUUUCUCCACAGGUCCUCGUAUGUGUCUCGGAGAGGGUCUGGCUCGUAUGGAGCUCUUCCUCAUCAUGGUCACGCUGCUGAGGAAGUUUAAGUUCAUCUGGCCUGAGGAUGCAGGAGAGCCAGACUACACUCCAGUCUAUGGGGUGACUCUGAGUCCCCAUCCUUACCACAUGAAGGUCCAACCCAGGUCAACGCAGUAUGGCGGUCUGCAAACAGCGGAGACAGUGGAGACAGAUCCAGAAUAACAUUAUAAAUAUAAUAUAAAUAUAUAAUAAUACCUCCUGAGAACAAAUACAAUGAAAACAAUAGGAAUCGAAUCUAAUCUUUUCUCAUUAACAUAAAAUAAAUAUAGGUUUUAUUUUAUUCAAAUUAAUUCUACUUAAUGAGUUCAGUCAACUCAUUAAUUGUCAUAAGAAACAUGAUCAGCAUGUUACUAGACUUCCCAGCAUGCCUCCUGAGACCCAUCUUUUUAUAGGGUUGGAUAUUUGAUUAUAUGUACCUGAUAAACUGUAAAUGAACCCAAAUAGUGAAGACAAUAACUGGAAGACGAGUGAUUUGGAUGCAUUUUUACCAGAUUAUUGAAUUAUUCAUCAGACAUGAGUUUUCCUCAUAUGUUUAAGAACUCUUAAUACAAGUCUGUAUUAUGUAUUUUAAUAUUUAUAACAAUCAGCUAUACUAUCUACACAAACAGUUUUAUUGAACAGAAAUGAAUGAAAAGCAGAGAUAAAGGCCUACAGCAUUUUUUUUUUUUUAAGUUUUCGUAGACCUCUUAAAAUCAAGAAGGCCUUGCAACCCCCCUUGAAGCUUUGGCGACCCCUAGUGGGGGUCCUGCCCCACAGAUUGGUAACCACUGCCAUAGACUGUAUACAGCAUUAACAGCAUGUAUUGUAAAACAAAUUACGUGUGUUAAAGUAACAAAAGUGUGUCACUGUCCAUGGUGCUGACGAGAUGUCAUAUAAAGAGCAUUCUUGAGUUGUAAUUAUUUACCUUGUGUCGAUUCCCCUCACGGUAUGGACGACACUUAGAAUGUGUUUUUCCAACAUAAUUGGAUUCUUCAGACCUUUUAAAUGUUAACACAGUUUGGCUACUGCAGUGUUUUUAUUCUGGGGAGAAAAGACAAGAUAACAGAUAGUUAAUGUCUCCCUCAAGUGGACACCCUUGGGUACUAGAUUUAACAUUCAAGUUGAUUUUUAACAUAAAAAAAACAUUGUAUCUACAUAUCUAUAUCUAUAUAUCUAUACAUAUAGAUGGGUGUAAAAUAAAUAGAAUAUACAUUUUAUAUAUAGGAUUACAUUUAUAUAUAAGACUGAGGAAAAUGCAUGCAUAUUUCUCUGACUGAAACUCUGAUCCUCUUUUUAAUUCUUACUGCACACUGAACAAGUGUUAGAAUAACACAGACAGUUGUUGUUUGUCUGACUGCUGGAUGAGUUUAA